CUUGACGAAACCAAAACAAACCGAGAGAAGCAAGCAAUGGAGAAGUGCGGCAAGAUCCUGUACGCAGCGAGGGUGCGUCAGACGCUCCGCAGGUGGAGUACAAGGGCUUCGCUGAGACGGGGGUGCCGGGCGCCGGCCGACGUUCCGGCGGGCCACGUGGCGAUCUGCGUGGGGAGCAGCGGCCGCCGCUUCGUGGUUCGCGCCGCAUAUCUCAACCACCCCGUGUUCCGGAAGCUCCUCGCCGAGGCCGAGGAGGAGUACGGCUUCUCCACCAGCGCCGGCCCCAUCGCCGUCCCCUGCGACGAGUCCCGCUUCGAACAGAUCCUUCGCCAAAUCUCCUCCCCAUCGUCAUCGUCUGCGACCAGCUUCGCGAAUCUGAUCGACGACCUGAAUGGCUGCUUCUCCUUCUUCCACGUGGGCAUCCGGAGAUCGCCGAACACGGAGUCCUUGCCGUUGCUCCGGAGGUUCAACGAGAACUCGGUCUGGUGAACCGCAGGUUCUCCGAUUUCGCCCCUCGGCGGCGGAGGCGGAGGAUUUGUUGUCAUAGCUGUGAACUCUUCGUUGCCUGGGCUCGGGUUAAUUUGGGCUCGGAAUGUUCAAUUUGGGCUCAGAAUAUUGUUUCAAAAGAUGGGGAGUUCGUGGAGAAUGGGUUUGGUUCGUCAUUUGGAGUCAUCUAAUGAUGGAGAAGAAGGUUGUGAUGUUCUCCAUUUCUAAGUGUAAAGUAACUGCUAACAAGCAUAAAAUAAAGAACCAU